AUGUCCAAUCCUAAUGCGCCUGACGGUGUUGCCUUGAGGGCUUCCCUCCUCGGAGCUGUUUUCGGCGCCAGUUCUGUCCUCGCCUGUGUGAGUAGUCCGGCGCACCCAGCAGGCUUCGUCUUCGUUGCUCUCCUCGCCAUAUUCCACAUCUUGGAGUACUAUGUGACCGCAAGGUACAACCCAACCAGAGUAAAGAUCGAUUCAUUUUUGCUGAGUAACGGCAUUGGUUACCCAAUUGCGCAAGCGUGUGGCAUCCUCGAGUUCUUGAUCGAACUGUACUACUUUCCAGAAUUGAAGACCGUCUCGAAUGCGUUCUAUCUGGGAAUGGCAAUCACCCUCUUCGGCCAAGUGUUCCGGUUCAUUGCUAUGGCGCAAGCGGCUCAGAGUUUCAAUCAUCAAGUCCAAUCCGCCAAGCUAGACGACCAUGUUCUUGUUACCGAUGGCCUGUACAAGUACUUUCGACACCCGUCUUACUUCGGCUUCUUCUGGUGGGGCAUUGGCUCUCAGAUUAUGCUGGCCAACCCAGUCUCCAUUAUUGCAUUCGGUUUUGUUCUGUGGAGGUUUUUCAGUCAACGCAUCGAGGGAGAGGAGAAAUUUCUCGUCAAGUUUUUCGGAGAUAGUUACGUCCGAUAUCGGGAGAGAGUUCCCACGAGGAUUCCGUUCAUCCGCUAG